ACUGAUUAAAAUAUUGCCGAGUUGUGCAAGACUUAGCAAUAAAUAUCUUUUUAAGUGUCGGUAACAUUUGUCACCCAUUUAAUUGCAAGGAAUAAAGCCUUGUUGAUCCUAGCCGGCUAGUAUGUCUGGGCUGCCACGGCUGUCCGGCGCCCUGCGGGUGUAUACUGGGCUCUCCACAGACACAGGAUCCUCACACACACAUGACAGUAGUGAACUACUUAGGAAAAGGCAGCUGGUCACAAAGAAGAAAACAACUGUUGAAGGUUCAAGCUGGCAGAGAGUGCAGGAGAAGAUCCGUGCAGCGAGUAGCCUUGGGACGGAGGAGCUGACCGCUGCCUUCAAGGACCUCACUCAGUGUGCCAGGCAGAUAGCUGGUGAUGGCAUAGAUGCAGAUGUUGCGGACGGAGCGGCCGUCUAUCUACUUGGAGUAUUUAAGAAAACAGACAAGGUGGGCCAGAAAGAGACAGGCUGUCUGAAGAGCGUGUUUGGCCCAUUCCCUGCAUCAGUGGCAACGAAAGCAUGUGCACUGGUGAGCAAGCUAACAAGCUCUAUGCCGGACGAGGUUGUUGCCUCACUUGGGACUCAGGAGCGUGAGGAGGGGGAUGGGGCUGCCACUGUGUGUGAGUUUGGUCAGGGAAUCAAGUUCUCCCUGCCGUCAGUGGUGGCUAAGGACACUGAUCUGUCCAGUUCAGAUUCAGAAGAGGAGGAGAGGAGGGAAGUUAACCUUCAGUACACAGCCAGCGAAACCAAACCUCGCAGCCAUGCUACAGGUGGGGAAUCAAUGGCCCCCGAAACAGAGCGAGGACUAGACGCUGCCUGGCUACAACAGGAAGUGGGUCGGUUUUAUGGGACAGACGGCUCCACAGAGCUGGGUCUUUCCCUGGAAGACCUUUCCAGCACCAUCUAUGAUUUCCUCUUCUCCACCAAGUCAGAUUCAGAACUACAAAAUGAUCUGUUUGAGUUGCUGGGAUUUGAUAGGUUUGAGCUGAUUCAGUCCUUGCUGGAGAACCGUCAGAAACUGCUGUAUGUGGCUACACAUGAGCCCGAGGCCCAUAAAUUAGCCGCAAGGCCUAAGUUGGAAGGAUCUAGUAAGCCAGCAUACGGCUGUCAAGUUGUCAUUCAGUCAGAGCAGGAGCGUGUCAUGUUGAAGCAGCUACGUCGGGAGGAGAAACGCCAGGAGAAGCAGCGUGGUGGACGGGGUGAAGAUGGUGGGGAGUCUGCAGGCUUCAACCCCGCUGACCUGCGGGCACAUAGGGAGGCAGCCCUGCAGAUGGCGGCAGUGGCUCCCCGGUUCUCUGGGCGCGCAGGGACCACAGGAAGGGAGAGGUAUCCAAACGUAUAUGACAAGAUGGAAGAGGCCCGCCUCUCGUCUGCAUUUAUUGGUGGUAUGAAGAUGGCACUGCCAGACACACUGACACGUGAAAAUAACAAGAUAUACGAGGAGGUGAACAUCCCUCCAAGCGACAAUGCACCCACCCACGUCGGCGAAAACAGGGUCCGCAUUGAAACAUUAGAUGAGAUUGCGCAGAUGGCUUUCAAGAACACAAAGGCCCUCAACAGGAUACAGUCGGUGGUGUUUGAGACGGCGUACAAGACCAACGAAAACCUGCUGAUCUGUGCGCCAACCGGGGCUGGAAAGACUAACAUUGCCAUGCUCACCAUUCUGCAUGAGAUUCAACAGCAUCUGGCACAGGGCGUCAUCAAGAAGGACGAGUUCAAAAUCAUCUACGUUGCCCCGAUGAAGGCGCUGGCCGCUGAGAUGGUGCGCAACUUUGGGGGACGCCUAGAGCCACUGGGUAUUUCCGUUCGGGAACUGACAGGAGACAUGUCACUUACCAAGUCGGAGAUACUCAAAACGCAGAUGUUGGUAACAACACCGGAGAAGUGGGAUGUGGUGACGCGGAAAAGCACGGGAGAUGUGGCGCUGGCUCAACUCGUUAAACUGCUCAUUAUUGAUGAGGUGCACCUGCUACAUGAGGACCGUGGUGCCGUCAUAGAGUGCCUCGUCGCCAGGACACUUAGACAGGUUGAGUCUUCUCAGAGUAUGAUCCGUAUAGUGGGGCUGUCAGCCACCCUGCCAAACUAUCUGGACGUUGCCCGCUUCCUACAUGUCAACCCCUACCUAGGGCUCUUCUUCUUUGAUGGAAGGUUCCGGCCUGUCCCUCUUGGCAUGGCUUUCAUAGGUAUCAAGGCAUUGAAUCGUGUACAGCAGAUGCAGGACUUCAACACGGUCUGCUAUGAAAAGGUCCUGUACCAGGUGAAGCGUGGCUAUCAAGUGAUGGUGUUCGUUCAUGCGAGAAACGAGACUGUGCGCACUGCCUCAGUCCUCCGUGACCAUGCCAAGAACAAUGGAGACAUCCAACUCUUCCUGCCCCAGCAGUGUGCCUCCCUCGGGGAUGCCACCAAGACUGUGAUGAAGUCACGUAACAAGCAGCUGAAGGAGCUGUUCAGUGAUGGGUUCAGCAUCCACCACGCAGGUAUGCUGCGCCAGGACCGCAACGUUGUUGAGCGCUACUUCGCAGCUGGCCAUAUCAAGGUCCUUGUGUGUACUGCCACACUGGCCUGGGGUGUUAACUUGCCAGCACAUGCUGUUGUUAUCAAGGGCACCCAGAUAUACAAUGCAAAGAAGGGCGCGUUUGUGGAUCUCGGUAUCCUAGACGUUAUGCAGAUAUUUGGGCGUGCUGGGCGUCCACAGUUUGACACAUUUGGGCAUGGGACAAUCAUAACUACCCACGACAAGCUGUCGCACUACCUCUCUCUCAUGACGAGACAGAACCCCAUAGAGAGUCAGUUCAUCAACAGCCUCACUGACAACCUGAAUGCUGAAGUUGCCCUGGGAACAGUGACUAAUGUUGAUGAGGCUGUACGCUGGAUCAGUUACACAUAUUUGUAUGUACGCCUGACUAUGAAUCCACUGGUAAACGGUGUCCCCUACCGUAGCAUUGAGGAGGACCCGACACUCAAUGAGUACCGCCGUGACCUUGUGAUAGAGGCUGGCCGCAAGCUGGACAAAGCUCGCAUGGUACGGUUCGAUGAGGGGACAGGAUACUUCUACUCUACUGACCAGGGACGAGUCUCCUCACACUUCUAUAUCAAAUAUGAUACUGUCGAGGUAAUCAACGAGUUCUUGAAGACGGUGAUGACGGAGGCAGACAUCUUUGCUCUCGUGUCCAAGGCUCAGGAAUUUGACCAGAUAAAGGUUCGUGAUGAGGAGAUGGAGGAGCUGGAAGGGCUCCUACACCAUGAGUGUGAGAUGCAGGUCCCCGGGGGUGUGGAGAACUCAUAUGGCAAGGUGAACAUCCUCCUCCAGUCGUACGUCUCCCGACACUACCUGGACAGCUUCUCCCUCGUCUCUGACCAGUCAUAUGUUGCUCAGAAUGCAGCCCGUAUCACCCGGUCACUGUUUGAGAUUUGCCUGAAGAAAGGCUGGCCCAUCAUGGCCAGUCGGCUGCUCAACCUCAGUAAGACCAUCGACAAGCGUAUCUGGGGGUUUGAGACGCCAUUGAGGCAGUUUUCCAUCCUCACUCAGGAGGUGAUCACCAAGAUUGAAGGACGCAAACUCAAGAUUGAUAAACUCAGAGACAUGGAUGCUAAAGAAAUAGGUCACAUGUUACACCAUGUGAAGAUGGGGAGUGUGGUAAAGCGAUGUGUGCACCAGCUACCUUCACUCGACCUUGAUGCCACCAUCCAGCCAAUCACACGCACCGUCCUUCGUGUACGCCUCGUCAUCACGCCCUCGUUCAACUGGGAUGAUAAGGUGCACGGGUCUGCAGCUGAGUCGUUUUGGAUCUGGGUGGAAGAUCCGGAGAACAACCACAUGUACCACUCUGAGUACUUCCUCCUGCACAAGAAACAGAUGUACCAGAAGGAUCCUAGCCAAGUGCUUGUGUUCACCAUCCCAAUCUUCGAGCCUCUACCAACCCAAUACUAUGUGAAGGCUAUCUCCGACCGCUGGCUGGGCUCGGAGUCUGUCUGUGCCAUAUCGUUCCAACAUCUCAUACUACCGGAGCGCCAUCCACCUCACACAGAGCUGCUGGACCUGCAGCCGUUGCCGGUGACAGCACUGAUGAACCCUAUGUUGGAGACACUUUACAAAUUUACGCACUUCAACCCGAUCCAGACACAGCUUUUCCACGUACUCUACCACUCUGACCAUAAUGUCCUUCUCGGUGCCCCAACUGGCUCAGGCAAAACCAUUGCCGCAGAGCUCGCCAUCUUCCGCUUGUUCAGGGAACGACCCAAAGAUAAGGCUGUCUACAUUGCCCCGCUUAAAGCCCUGGUUAGGGAACGCAUGGAAGAUUGGAAAGUCCGCAUCGAACAGAAGCUUGGCAAGAAGGUGGUGGAAUUGACGGGUGAUGUCACGCCAGACAUGCGGGCCAUCGCCAGGGCUGACCUAAUAGUGACGACCCCGGAGAAGUGGGACGGUGUGUCGCGAUCCUGGCAGACGCGCAGCUAUGUGAAGGCUGUCUCCCUUAUCGUCAUAGAUGAGAUACAUCUCCUAGGAAACGACCGUGGGCCUGUGCUGGAGGUGAUCGUGUCCCGUACCAACUUCAUCUCGUCCCACACUGAGCGGAAGGUGCGGGUGGUCGGCCUCUCUACUGCCCUCGCCAACGCACGAGACCUUGCUGACUGGCUGGGCAUUGCUCAGGUUGGUUUGUACAACUUCCGUCCGUCUGUGCGCCCCGUGCCGCUGGAGGUGCACAUUGCAGGAUUCCCUGGCCAACAUUACUGCCCUCGCAUGGCAACCAUGAAUAAGCCAACAUUCCAAGCCAUUAAGACACACUCUCCUGCAAAGCCUGUGCUGGUGUUUGUGUCAUCACGGCGACAGACACGCUUGACGGCCCUCGACCUAAUAGCAUUCCUGGCAGGAGAGGACAAUCCUAAACAGUGGCUGCAUAUGGAUGAGACUGAGAUGGAGAAUAUCAUAUCCGGGGUCAAGGACACAAACCUUAAGCUGAUUCUUGCCUUCGGUAUUGGCAUCCACCAUGCUGGUCUCAUAGAGCGAGACAGGAAAAUCACAGAGGAGCUCUUUGUCAACACCAAAAUUCAGGUGUUGAUAGCCACGAGUACGCUUGCCUGGGGGGUGAACUUCCCUGCCCAUCUAGUUGUUGUGAAGGGAACCGAGUACUACGAUGGCAAGACACGCAGAUAUGUUGACUUCCCCAUUACAGACGUGCUGCAGAUGAUGGGUCGUGCAGGAAGGCCCCAGUUUGACGACCAGGGCAAGGCUGUCAUUCUUGUGCACGACAUCAAGAAACACUUCUACAAGAAGUUCCUCUAUGAGCCCUUUCCCGUCGAGUCCAAUUUGUUGGAGGUGUUAGCGGACCACUUGAAUGCAGAGAUCGUGGCAGGGACAAUUGGCUCCAAGCAGGAUGCCAUGGACUACAUCACAUGGACUUACUUCUUCCGCAGGCUCCUUAGAAACCCCAGUUUCUACAACCUAGAGGACACGGACCACUCAAACCUGAACCGCUUCCUGUCCAGCCUCGUUGAGCGCGCACUGUUUGAGCUGGAGACGUCCUACUGUUUACAGCUUGCCGAGGAUGGUUGCACGGUGGAACCACAAACACUGGGUCGGAUUGCCUCGUACUACUACCUUACCCAUCUCACCAUGCGUAUGUUCCAGAGCGAACUAGGGCCACAGUCUACCAUUCCAGAACUCAUAGAUGUCCUCACUAAUGCCUCAGAGUAUGCUGAGUUACCUGUUCGUCACAAUGAGGACCAGCUGAACAGUGAGUUAUCAAAGAGUGUUCCACUGGAGGUGAACCCCCACACCCUGGACUCCCCACACACCAAGGCCAACCUGCUGUUACAGUGUCACUUUGGUCGCCUGCCUCUCCCCUCUACAGACUACAACACCGACACCAAGUCUGUUCUUGACCAGGCCAUUAGAAUUUGUCAGGCUAUGUUGGAUGUAAGUGCGGACCAGGGUUGGCUGGUGACGUCGCUGGGGAUCGUGACACUGGUGCAAAUGCUGGUGCAGGGCCGCUGGUGGACUGACAACACGCUCCUUACCCUGCCCCACCUUACACCCUACCACACCCACUGCUUCAGGUCUCGUGCGAAAGGGGCACUGUUAGAGACCCUUCCAGAAGUAAUGGAGACGUGUGAGGGUCGGUACCCUGCUCUGGCUGACAUGCUGAAGGGGGAGCUGGACACCAACCACAUAGAACAGGUGUAUGCAGUACUGUGUAAGCUGCCCCAGAUAGAGGUGACCUUCACCUUGCAGGGCUACUGGGAGGGUGGGGACGGCUGCCAGGAGAAGAGGCAUAUAGACACGCCACUCCAGGGGAGCCGGCUGCAGGACCAGAAGUGGAUGAGUGUCCAUGCAGACCAGGAGUACGUCCUCAACGUCACACUUGCCAGGAUCAACAAAAAUAAGAAGACUGACAGUAAGGCUAACGCCCCACGAUUCCCAAAGCCAAAAGAUGAGGGCUGGUUCCUCAUUGUGGGAGAUGUCCAGAAUAGGGAUCUUGUUGCCCUCAAGAGGGUUCCAUUUGUUAGGGGUCGGUCUAGCGUCCAGGUGUCCGUGUUCACACCAGAGACACCCGGGCGGGUGAUCUACACUGUGUACCUGAUGAGUGACUCUUACCUUGGCCUUGAUCAGCAAUAUGACAUACACGUUGACGUGACAACGCCCUGCAUCGAGGCCCAGGUCAACACCGAGUUGGCGGCAGAGCUGAACGACCUUGAUUUUGACUCCUGAUGAUGGUCAUUCCUCUAGUCUAGGAUGCUGUGCAAAACUGUUUAAUUUAAAUAUGUACUGUUUAAUUCAUAUGUGUGCUAGUACACAGUUAGGCUGUGAAAUCUGUAGUUGAUUUGAGUUAAAAUGAUAGAUAAGAAUCUGAAUAGUUUAAGGUAAAGGGAAAUAAGUAAAUAAAUUGUUUUUGUUUAGUUAUUAUCAGAUCAUGGAUUGAUAUAUUACAUGGUUGUUUAUACAUGAAGAACUGUAUAUGAGGUUUAUAGUGGAUGUUUCAUGUUUAUGUUGAAGAGACAUCAAAAUAUUUGAACGAAAUCAAAGAGGUAAUGUGAUAGGAGCUUGCCUGUCUGUUUGGUCAGAGACAUAUACAUGUUGCUGGCUAUAUAAAUAUAUGUGGACCAUGUUUGGUGCAUAAACAUAUUUGCAUGUUAUUAUUGUUGAUGAAUAAAACUGAAACAGUU